GGCCACGGAGCGUCUGACCCGCGCACGAGCCUGUGCUGUCGGGAGCGCGCAGCAAUCAUGCCUCUUCCGUCGUACGCCUCGCCAGUGUCGGAAAAUACUAAAAGACAUUCGUCUUAUACCUAAAAAAAAUUAACCGCUCUUUUAGCCCUCGUGUUGUCGCGCGACCACCCGCUUCGUGGUGAAGAAGCUGACAUAUUUAACCAACAACUCGUUCAUAAUUUGUCUUUUUUUUUUUUUUUUCUUCCGUCAAUGUGACAAAGAGGGCAACAAGAUACAAGAGGAGUAGGCUACAGCUGUGGUGAUGUGGUGUUUCAGGGCUCAUCCUUCAUUUCGCAGGUCAUUCCUUUAACUUGAUGCUGUCGACACUCACUGAUCAGUUUGGGGAUGUAAACGCGAGGAAGCCACUUUAACGGACCUGAACUGAUGUAACUCUACGAGUCCGUUAGGAGCCUGAAACGUCUUGUGAAAGCCACAAGCUUGUAAGGGAACUGGUCCGGCCCUUUCACCCUCCCCCUCUAACAUCCCACUGUCGCACCACUACCGUGUCCUUUCCCUGCUGUGGCCAUCCCAUGGAGAGUGCACGCCCACCCAGAUAGGAUGCCUGCUUUGCCCGACGUCCUGCAUCCCCUCCUGCCCAUCACCACCUCCUCCUUCUCCUCGGGUGUACCUGCUCUUUCCAACAGUUCCUUGCGGCCCCCCAGGCUCCGCCCUGACCCGCUCCAACAUGGUGGAUGAGGUACCCACCAUGAAGGAUGACGUGAUCAACGCCAACACGCUGGCUUGGCUGGUCUGCUCGGGCGUGUCCAUCCUGGCCAACACUUGGAGCAUCCUUAGCGUCAGUGCCAAGCAGAAAAAGUGGAAGCCGCUGGAGUUCCUUAUCUGCACCCUGGCAGGCACGCACAUCCUCAACAUGGCCAUCCCCAUCACCAUGUACUGUGUCAUAACGCUGCGCCGUCAGCACUCCAACUACGAGUGGAACGAGGGUCUGUGCAAGAUGUUUGUCUCCACCUUCUACACUCUCACAUUGGUCACUUGCUUCUCCGUCACCUCGCUCUCUUAUCACCGCAUGUGGAUGGUGCGCUGGCCUGUGAACUACAGGUUGAGUAACACCAAGAAGCAGGCAGUGCACACAGUGAUGGGCAUCUGGAUGGUCUCCUUCAUCCUGUCCACGCUUCCAGCAGUGGGUUGGCACGACACCAUCGACCGCUUCUACACCUCUGACUGCCGAUUUAUUGUAACAGAGAUUGGUCUGGGCUUCGGUGUGUGCUUUCUGCUGCUGAUCGGUGGCAGCGUAGCCAUGGGUGUGAUCUGCAUCGGCAUCGCUCUCUUCCAGACCUUCUCCAUUCAGGCAGGCCACAAGGCUGACAAGAACAAGUUCAACGUCCCCACCAUAGUGGUGGAGGACGCCCAGGGGAAGCGCAGAUCAUCCAUCGAUGGAUCGGAGCCACUCAAGACGUCACUGCAGAUCACCUACCUGAUCAGUGGAAUCGUCUUUAUCUACGAUUUCCUGACUGGCUUCCCCAUACUGGUGGUAAGCUUUGCCAGUCUGAAGUUUGACCGCUCCUACAACUGGAUGGUGUUGUGUGUGCUGUGGUGCUCCAUUGCCCAGUCCAUCCUGCUGCCCAUGUUCCUCUGGGCUUGUGACCGCUAUCGGGCUGACAUCCGCAUGGUGUGGGAGAAGUGCGUCGCCAUCAUGUCCAAUGACGACGUGGAUGAGGAAAACAGCCAAGAUGGAGGAAUUCAUGCCGACUUAAUAUAUGACAGACCAUAUGACUAUAGCUCGGCGCCUGAAAUCGUGACGGUAGACCGUAAUGCCAAGUAUGAGUUCUCAACCUUAGAAAGGGGGGUCCCGCAGGGGUAUCCAUUGAGGGAACAACAGGAAGAUAAAAUGCAGUAUUUGCAGGUGCCCCCUACAAGAAGAUUCUCCCACGACGAAACCGACAUGUGGACCAGCGACCGGAUCCCCUCAUACCUUCACCGAUGGGGCUCCACCGAGGACAUGAUAGUGACUGCCCACUACAGCUCCACCUUGCCGCGCCGCGAGAGGCGCAGGAACAGCCUGGUCUCUUACCACGAGGAGAGCCACCAUCCCCAUCACCCGCAUCGAAAGCGGCGACGCUCUGAGGAUAGUAUGCACUCCCUCAAGCACCUGCCACGCGUGGUUUGUGGUGGGGAGCACUAUGAGGACGAACUGCGGUGUUUUAGCCGCGACGAGGUGAUCAACUUUAUAGAUGAGACGCCGCUGCCGAGCCCCAGGAAGAGCCCACGGCGCGCAUCAACCAUCUCAUUUAUCCCCGAUGUGUAUGAACAGAGCACAGUCAUCCUUCCUCACUUCCUGCUCACAGACUUUGAGCGUGAGCCUCAAGCGCUCAGGCGGCUCUCAGAACACAAAAGGAGCAGCAGUCGGUGCAACACGCCCGAGGCUUCCCCCAAACCAGACAGACCUGCCGGAAAGCAGAGCCCUGGGCCGUGUGGCUCUGGUAAAGGCUGUCGGGAGCGAGAGGGGAAACAGCAGUGUGAAGUGGGAUCACCUGGGCGCAGCCAGCAGACUCCAGGGCACUCUGCCUGUAGGCCCAGGACAGGCAGUGAAGCCAGGGCUGGAGCUAGAGCUGACUGGGGGCAUCAGAAGCACCUGUGCAAGGGCGAGAGUAAAGGAAGCACAAACAGUUUUGUAAGGACACCCUCUGCAUCGUCCUCAGGAUACAUCACCUUUCACUCUGAUUCUGUCGGCUCCACCACCUAAAAGCAAAGUUUUCCCUUGUUAAUAUCAACAUUAUUACUGCAGUUAUUAUCAUGAUGAUAACCACUGGAAUAUUGGUGGUUAUGGGAAAGUGACCUACUGGAUUAUUUGUCCUUUUUACUUGUGCCACUAUUCUGUUUUACUAUAUAUACCACCAAUAAAUAUCUGUUAUGCUUAAUGGCCUUGGGAGCUUUGGACAAUUCUGAAUGGGCCUAUUGUUGAUUUCAUAUACAGGCCGGUGAAUAGUUUAGGUGGUCCGGUUAUUCAGCUUUCACAUCACAAAAUAUCCACUGAGGACGUUUUUUGUUUCCAGCGCUGACACAAAUAAACUUUUUUUUAAAUGGCGUGAACAUUCCCACUCCUUGUUUUUGCUGAUCAAUGUUGCUUCUUAACUGCUCAAAGAAGUGGAGGAGGUAGUUGUAGGGUGGUUUUUUUCUUUCCAUCUUUCUUUUUGCACUGAAGAAGUUGAACUCAACUUGUAUUUUAUUUUACCUGUAAUAACUAUGUGUUUUGUCGUAUGGACACAUUUGCUUUCAAACCAAACUUUCCUGAUUACUGCCAAUGUACCUUGAGAUUGAUUUAAGGACAUGACACAUUAUAGUUUACAUGCCUUUUUUAUUUUGAUCAUGAUGUACAACCUUUCUAUUAACAUUAUUAUUCACAACACAUUAAACCUUUUUUUUUUUCAAGCACCCUAUGUUGAAGUAAACGAAGUGGUAAUCCCAGAUUCUUUAAUGCCUACUAGUUUUACAGUUACUGUGUGAGAUAUUGAGAUAUAAUGUGAAGACCCCUAAAUUCUUACUGAAAAUGUGAAGUCAGUUUGUAAAAAAGAUUGAAAUGUCAUGUAUAUAUGAAAGAUAUUGGAUUUAUGGUUUUGGUGUUUUUUGUUUUGUUUAAUCAGACCUUUUCUUCCAAUUCUUAUUAUUCCAAUGUUUGUGUUAACUUUGGAGAUAAUCAGGCACAAUAUUUGCUCAUCACGUUACAUAUUUACAUGAGACCACUACAGCUGGAAAUGGUGCUUUGUCCCCAUCAACUGAGCAUGUCAGCCUGACUUCACCUCUUAUUUGUUUUCAGUAAUGUGUUAAAAAGCACCAAUUAUGUUUUUUUUUUUUUUUAAAUAGCUCUCUAAGCAGAAACCUCUAACCUCUGUCCAAAAGUUGAAUAAUUGCAGCGUUCAAGCUGACUAGAUGUGGUAUAACUUAAAUGCUGGUGUACUACCUAAACCCACAAAGAUGUUAGCACAAAUAAGAAACAUUGUUAAUAGAAUGGAAAUCGAGUAAAAUUGCAAAUUAACAAUUUAUAGCAAGUUCUAAAAAAAAAAGCAGCAGACAUUACAUUUGAUAUGUUAUCUCAUAACAUGCACCAAGACUGGUAAUGGUCCUAUUCUGGGAGUUUUUUUGAGUGUGAAGUGACUUUUCUAACAUCUGAUUUAUCUGAGCGCGAUGAAGUAAUGUGCAUUAAAUGUAAGCAUCCCCAACGCCUCAGUAAGGGGUGCUGUGGGAGUUUAGAUUUAUUCAUGUUUUUAUACAUAUACAUUUGGAGAGAGAAUAUUAUUAUUCCCCAUCAUAGCAAAGUAUGAAAGGGCAAGGACAAAAAAAAUGUAUCCAUUAAAUAAUGCCACAUCAUUUUAAGAAAUUCAUACUUACCACCCUCACUCAAAAUGGACACUGCAGUUAACUUUAAAAUGCAGCUGACUUGUUAAAUUAAUGAACAACUUAUAUUUACCAAAUGGGACAAUUUGCUGACUAAAAACAGGGAGACCUCUAUAGACCUGGACAGUACCUGCUAACAUGAAUGUAUUUGGACAUUAGGUUUAAUUUUUCAAAGAAAUUAUUAUGAGUAUAAGGACAACAUGGGGACAAAUGUCCCCUUUGACAGCCUUAUUAGCUGUGAAACCGUUUUGCUAUUACCUUUCAAGUAAUGAAGUUGCAUGUGUUUGGCAUAUACUUUUUCACCCAUCUGCAGUCAUUUAAAUGUUCAGUUUGAAUUCUGAUGUAUUGGUGUACCUCUUACUCAUUGCAGCCUAUUCAUUUAGACUGAAUUAUGUUUUUUUGGUGAAAUGUAUCUUACUUUGGAAGGACAACAUUACAUUCCCCUGUCAGACUUUGCUAUGUCAUAGACAUUUGCAUUUUGUUGUGUUUACAAUAUAAAAAAAUAGUUUUGUAACAUAUUCAAAGAUUUAUGACUCGAAAAUGAAUGAUGUUAAAUGUUAUGAUUUUCUUGUUCUGAUGAUGACUUUGUUAAAAAGAUACAACUGAUUAAAUUCACAAGAUAUUGCUUGGGAGUGUGUUUUUAGAAUUUAGCCACUGUUGCUCUUUAUUCACUAUGCUUGUUGUGGAGCAAAAGUAUGCAUCCAUUUGAGAGAUUUUUUUUUUUUCUUUUUGGCUUAUGCUGAUUUUUACCCCAAGUAUAACAUUUGUCAACAUGGCCACAUAAAAGUGCAAGCCCUGGUAGGUCCCCAAAAGAAGACCCAAGGUUUGGUUAUUGGUUGCCUUUGAACACUUGAAAGUCAAAAAUGGUAUAAUAAACCCUAUGGCAAUCUG